ACGAGGGAGCGCGGCCUGUGCUGGGCCUAGCGGCGGCUGAGGCCUACCUUCUCUCUCUCUCCCCUCAGGCGCGGAGCGCUUUCCCGGUCACACGCCGCCGCUGCCGCCGCCUCCUGGCAGCCCGGAAGAGGGAGAGCAGGAGGAGAAGAAGCGCAAGGGCCCGGGCGGGCCUUGGUCGUCGUUGUUGCCGACGAAGGAGCCGCCGCGCUUGCUUUUUCGCUCGGCGGCCAUGAACGGCUCGGCGAACCCGCUGCUGGACAAGGACGAGCACCCGCUGCAGCUGGGCGAGAGCUUCGAGAGGCACCCCAAGGCCUCCUUCCACACCAUCCGCUGUGAGUAAGGGGGCGCCGGGGGGACGGACGGUCGGUUCGCCCACAGCCCCCGGGCCCGAGGGAAGCGGCUCCUGAGGGGAAAAGGAGGCCUACUCGCGAGCAAGCGCCAGCGGGGCCCACUCCGGGGGAAGCGAGCGGGAGCCUGAGGGGGAAUGGCAGCCCUUCCUUCUCUCAGGACGGGCCAGGGGGGCUUCGUCCUAGUGGGGGAGGCUGAGGGUCGAGGGUAUAGGCCGGUAUACUCAGUGCCGGAUUUACGUAUAAGUUAAAUAAGCUAUAGCUUGGGGCCCCACUCUCUUGCGGGCCCCCGAAUAAUUUAAAGGGAAAAAACACCCUGGAUGUACAUUUCCAAAAUAUAAGAUAAAACCUACAUACAGCAACUGUGUUUUGUGUUGUGUAUUCUCCUAUGAUGUAAGUAGUGAGCCCUGCCUGCUCCCUAAAACAUCACUGGUUUGCUCAUUUCUAUAUAUAGGGUCCCCACAUUUUGCAUGGACUGGUUGCAUGGUAACAUGUGCAAAUGGCUUAAUAAUAAUAAUAAUAAUAAUAAUAAUUUUUAUUUAUACUCUGCCCUCCCCGGCCACAGCCAGGCUCAGGGCUGCUAACACCAAUAAAAUUACAAUAAAAACAUAAUUUGAAAUACUUUAUUGUCACUUGUACAACUUCUGUACAGUGAGAUUACACUGUUAAUUAAGGGGCGGGGGAAAAACAACCCAAUUGUGGAGGGGGCUGAGGGUCGAGGGUAUAGGCCGGUAUACUCAGUGCCGGAUUUACGUAUAAGCUAAAUUAGCUUGGGCCCCCCUCUCUUGCGGGCCCCCAAAAAAUUUAAAGGAAAAAAACACCCUGCAUGUACAUUGCAAAAAUAUAAGAUAAAACCUACAUACAGCAACUGUGUUUUGUGUUGUGUAUUCUCCUGUGAUGUAAGUAAUGAGCCCCGCCUGCUCCCUAAAACAUCACUGGUUUGCUCAUUUCUGUAUAUAGGGUCCCCACAUUUUGCAUGGACUGGUUGCAUGGCAACACGUGCAAAUGGCUUUAUGAUGAUGAUACAGUGGUACCUUGGGAUACGAAUGGGAUCCGUUCCAGAGCCCCGUUCGCAUCCAGAAGCAAACGUAACUAGCGACGGCACGUCUGUGCACGCGCGCGUUGCUUUUUGCCGCUUCCGCGUGACGUCAUUUUGAGCGCAUGCACAAGCAGCGAAACCCGGACGUAACACGCUCCGUUACUUCCGAGUUGUCGUGGAGCGCAACUCGAAUGCGCUCAACAUAAAGCAUAUUCAACCUGAGGUAUGACUGUAAUAAUAAUAUUUAUACCCCGGUCUCCCUGGCCAGAGCGGGCUCAGGGCGGCUAACACCAAUAAAAUUACAAUAAAAACAUAAUUAAGGGGGGGGGACCAACCCAAUUUAAAAUACGGGUUAAAAUACAAUUUAAAAUGCAGCCUCAUUUUAAUAGUAGCCCAUAGAUCAAAACCAUAAGGGGAGGGAAACAUAAGGGUCAGACUUAUGUCUUGCAGGCCCUACGGAAAGAUGUCAAGUCCCGCAGGGCCCUAGUCUCUUGUGGCAGAGAGUUCCACCAAGUCGGGGCCAGUACUGAAAAGGCCCUGGCCCUUGUUGAGACCAAGCUAACCACCUUGCAACUUGGGACCUCCAAAGUGUUGUCAGUGUGGACCUUAAGGUCCUCUGUGGGGCAUACCAGGAGAGGCCGUCCCGUAGGUAUGUGGGUCCUAGGCCGCAAAGGGCUUUAAAGAUAUCUAUUAGGUUCAUAAAUUACCACAUCACAUGUAUUCAACACAAAAAACAGUGACAAUUUAUUGUUGACAGCUGGAUAUAUAAAGGGCCCCAUUACCGUCAGUAGCUUAGGGCCUCAUCAAACCUAAAUCCGGCCCUCGGUAUACUGAUAAUAAAAAUUAUUAUAAUAAUUAUCAAUAAUUUUGUUAUUUAUAUUGCAUUUCCCCAGCCACUCUGGGCAGCUUGCAACAUAUCUAAAAAUGUAAUAGAAACAUCCAUCCUUGAAAACUGCUUUCAGUUGUCUUCUAAGAAGUCAGAUAGUUGUUUCCUUGACAUCUGAAGGGAGGGCGUUUAAAGGUGGUGGUAGUAGUAGUAGUAGUAGUAGUAGUAAUAAAAAUAACAACAGCAACAAUGCACUGAAUUUGGUGGGGUCGUCCCAACAACAACAAUAAUAUAAAUAAUCCACUGAAUUUGGUGGGGUUGACCUUCUCAGUACAGUCAUACCUUGAGUUGAAUGCACUUCGGGUUGGGCACGUUUGAGUUGCACUCCACGGCAACCCGGAAGUAACGGAGCGCAUUCCUUCUGGGUUUUGCCGCAUGCGCAGACGCUCAAAAUGACGUCACGCGCAUGCACAGAAGCGGUGAAUCGUGACCCACGCAGAUGCGGGUUGUGUUCACUUCAGGAUGUGAACGGGGGUCUGUAACGGAUCCCGUUCGCAUCCAGAGGUACCACUGUACUAGGCAUGCACAGGAUUGCACCAUAAAGUGCUUUUGAGAGUUCAGAAAAGCAGCAUCUUCUCCUCCCUCUCCCUGUUUUCAGUUGUCAGUAUUUCUGUUCUGUUUCUUAACUGGUCCGGGUCUUCCGGUGCCCUUAAGAGCAGCUGCUCAGCCAGAAAAGCAUCAAGAGAAGCUUUUUUCCAUUGGGAACUAUGGUACAUAACUUUUAGAAGACAUCUGAAGGCAGCCCUGUAUUGGGAAGUUUUUAAUGUUUGAUGUUUUACUAUGUUUUACUAUAUAUGCUGUUAGCCGCCCAUUGUGACUGGGGAAACCCAGCCAGAUGGUCAGAGUAUAAAUAACAAAAUUAUUCUUAGUAUUAUUAGUAUUAAGGAGAUGCAGUUGCAGGAGAAAUACUCACCUGCUAAAUUUCUGUAUGUGUGUGCGUUAGGGUCACAGGCAUCCAGGAAAUAAAUAAAAAUUCUUAACUAAAAGUAGAAAUUGUAGAAGGAUUUUGACAGCUUUUUCUUAGAGCACGUGGGGUCAAAAGAAAGUGAUUUGCAACAACUGUUGUUGAGACGUUUCGUUCCAAAGCUGCUAGACUAGUGUUUCCCAAACUUGGGUCUCCUGCUGUUUUUGAACUACAAUUCCCACCAUCCCUGACCACUGGUCCUGCUAGCUAGGGAUGAUGGGAGUUGUGGUCCAAAAACUGCUGGAGACCCAAUUUGGGGAAACACUGCUAGGCAGAGUUAGACAGAAGUUGAUGACAGGAGGGUGUCCUGUCCCCCCAAAACAUAUAUCCUGGUUACGCCCAUGGUCACAGGGACAACCCCUACUUCUUGUUGGGGGGCAGAGUUAACUGUCUUUCUUACUCUUUUUACACAUAUUGUUUGUUGGCCAUAGCAUGGCUAGAACACAAACCCUUCCUAUAACUGUUCCUUCAGAGCUUGAGAUGCAGACACCAGGAGGGAAAGCUUCCUAUGUCCUGGAACUGAACACAAUCCCUGAGUAAUUGCUAUUGAAUCAAACAGUUGUUAAAUGGGCCAAAACAGGAGCAAGUUAAGAAGCUGGCAACCCUUUCUGUGCACAAUCGGGGACAGAUUCAGAUUGGGCCAAUUACCUGUGGUCAAAGCCUAUUUACUCUCCUCUGUGCCCCAUGAUGAAUGCUUGGGAGGGUUGCCAGCUAUUUCUGCAGACAAUAGGGUAUGUGUCCUUAAUAGGAGGCACAGUGAGCAACCACGGGUUGCCAACUCUUUCUGCUGUUAACAGUAGGUUGCAAAGAUCAGGGCAUCGCGUUUUUUCCAUACCGUGAAAUGCUUCAGCUGGUGAUUUCUGCACAUCAAGCUGUGUUAGAGGUACAGGCCAGGCCUUUGCCUUUUAUUUAAGUUGGGAACCCUACAAGCAGAUGUUAAAAAGCACAGAGCCUUUGUCAGUUAAGAAAUACUAUUUUUCUUAGCCAGAGGAAUCUUGCUAGCAGGUUUUUAACAGCGUUUCCAAAAUAAUGCAGAGAUUGAUAAUGGAUACAUCUUUUUCCAGCCCUGAAACAUGCAGCAGGUUGUCAUUUGGUUGCUUGGUUGGGACCACUUGUUGGUUGCCCAAAGUUAAGUAGGUAGUGCUAUUCCCCCACUUUUUUUACUGGUUGUGUUACAGUAGCAACUUUUUUGACGUGAAUAAAUUAAGUAAUUGAAGCUUCCUAGCAUAUCACAUUACUGUUGAAAGAGACAAGAGGCAGGGACUAUAAAACAGCCAGGGCUAUUUUAUUUCUUUAACAGCAGACAGGACGCCUGAAAAGCUACUUUUGAAGUUUGGAAGGUUUAUUUAAAGGUGUGUUACAGCAUGAUUAUUUGCUUCUGGGUGGGUGGAGAAUUAAAAGUUUCUCGGGACACCAGCAAAAGGGAGCUUUGUAGAUUAUGCAAAAUGACUGGGGCGGGGGGGGAAGCUUUUAACAACAUAAAAUAUUCUGAUGCAGUAACUGUUGGGGUUUUCUAAAGCUUUUAAGCUAAACUUCAUGGUUCCCUUAUUCCCUUUAUAUCCACCACAAUAAUACAUUUCAUUGGUAAUAGCAAAGAGGGAGUGAAUUUGUCCCAGAUGGAUGUUAAUCAGGAACCUUUAAAGCCCAAUAGAUAUUUAAUACUUACUAUUGUUCUCUCUAGAUGACUUCAAACCAGCAUCUAUUGAUACAUCUUGUGAAGGGGAGCUUCAAGUUGGCAAAGGAGACGAAGUCACAAUUACAUUACCACACAUCCCAGUAAGUUUACUGUGUGUCCCAUUUUUGCUCCUCCUUCCCCCAGCUAUGCUUUUUUGCUCUGAACUAUUGAAUUUGUGGCCAAGAAGAAGACUGUAUGCAUUUUUCAAAAGAACCUGGUAACAGCUAGUGGUGAUUUAAUAGAAGAUGCUAACUUUACCUGUUCUGUGUUGCCUUAUCUAACACCAAUAAUGUAGUGUGUCUGGGAUGUGAGUAUAUAUCUAUUCUAAAAUUGUGUGUGUGCGCGCGUUUCUAUUUCCCUCCCCUCCCCAGGUAGCCUCUUUCUAUUUAGAUUUUAGUUCUACAAUUGUGGACCCCUUCUUUCAUAGCCUAUGUUUAUUAUUUUAGUUCUAGGUAAACUUCAGUGUAUGCCUGGAACCUGCAUUUGAAAGUCUCUUCUGACUGAGUUUUAUAGAAUGUUCUUUUACAUAUACAGUGGUACCUCGGGUUAAGAACUUAAUUCAUUCUGGAGGUCUGUUCUUAACCUGAAACUGUCCUUAACCUGAGGUACCACUUUAGCUAAUGGGGCCUCCCGCUGCCACCGCUGCAUGAUUUCUGUUCUCAUCCUGAAGCAAAGUUCUUAACCCAAGGUAAUAUUUCUGGGUUAGCGGAGUCUAUAACCUGAAGCGUAUGUAACCUGAAGCGUAUGUAACCUGAGGUACCACUGUAUGUACUUAGGUCAUUGCCUUUAAAAAUGCAGAUCAACACUGAAUAUAAAGGAUAUACUGAUCUUAUAUAUGAAGUUAUUCAGGUGAUAGUUCUACCUAUAGGCAUUGCUAGAGCUCUAUUUUCUCUUUGACUCCUUACUGUACUACCAAGAAGUAUCCUGAAGCCUAAAACAAAAAAUCUGCAAGACUGCACAUUUUGCAAAGAAGCAUAAGGAGGGAGAUGUUAAAUAUGCAGGCAUUUGUUUUUCCUUACAGUGGUACCUUGGGUUACAUACGCUUCAGGUUACAGACUCCGCUAACCCAGAAAUAGUGCUUCAGGUUAAGAACUUUGCUUCAGGAUAAGAACAGAAAUCUGGCUCUGGCGGCGCAACGGCAGCAGGAGGCCCCAUUAGCUAAAGUGGUGCUUCAGGUUAAGAACAGUUUCAGGUUAAGAACGGACCUCUGGAACGAAUUAAGUUCUUAACCCGAGGUACCACUGUAAAGGCAAACUGUUGGAGUGCAGUUCAGUGACCACGUAUUCAGAGGUAGCCUAUUAAAGCAUCCAAAUGCAGCCUUGAAGAUGAGUGACUAGAUAUGGCAUUUUAGUUAAGGAGUCAGUUUUUCUUGGCAUGAGCUUGUGCACUUGUUUGGACGUCAGGGUAAUCUCUGCUUUUCUUGACAACCAGGGUUCUACUCCUCCAAUGACGGUGUUCAAAGGAAAUAAAAGACCAUACCAGAAGGACUGCGUACUUAUUAUCAAUCACGAUACCGGGGAAUAUGUGCUUGAAAAGCUAAGCAGCAGCAUUCAAGUCAAGAAGACAAGGUAAAAACGGUUGGCACAAACCCACAGGGCCCCUUCUAAUUUGGAGAAAACAACACACAGCAUAGCCCUAUCUCACACUGCAGAUGGCAUAUUUCAAACCCUUGGCUAUGAUUUCUUUUCUUUUUUUUAACAUAAUAUUUUGAUGAGUGUAUAUUACAGUAUAUACAUGGUGCUUGUUUGUUAUUUAGUGGUAUAUAAAUAAAAUGGAACACCAGCAUCUCAGAGAGAAGGCAAGAACCCUGGUUUCUGACAUGUACAAGGAAAUUUUAAACCUGGAAAAUACUCCUCUGCUCUAGAGGUAGGCAGUUUGUUAAGGGUGCUCCGAGUUGUUGUUGUUGUUUAGUCGUUUAGUCGUGUCCGACUCUUCGUGACCCCCUGGACCAGAGCAUGCCAGGCACUUCUGUCUUCCACUGCCUCCCGCAGUUUGGUCAAACUCAUGCUGGUAGCUUCGAGAACACUGUCCAACCAUCUGGUCCUCUGUCGUCCCCUUCUCCUUGUGCCCUCCAUCUUUCCCAACAUCAGGGUCUUUUCCAGGGAGUCUUCUCUUCUCAUGAGGUGGCCAAAGUAUUGGAGCCUCAGCUUCAGGAUCUGUCCUUCCAGUGAGCACUCAGGGCUGAUUUCCUUCAGAAUGGAUAGGUUUGAUCUUCUUGCAGUCCAUGGGACUCUCAAGAGUCUCCUCCAGCACCAUAAUUCAAAAGCAUCAAUUCUCCAAGUUGUUAGGAGACCCCUAUUCUCCUCACGGAGGUACAGCUCUCAAGGGUUUCCUGGGAAGAUCGAUUGACUGUGAAACCACUCGGAAUUGUAGCUGUGUGAGGGGAAUAGGGGUCUAACAUGCGUCAGCAGUCUUAACAAACUAGGAUUCUUUGAGGAAAGCCUUGACUUUGAAGUGCUAUGAUACUGCUUUAAAUGUAUAGUCCAUAUGAGAUCCAAUGCAGUUACAGUGGUACCUCGGGUUAAGAACUUAAUUCGUUCCAGAGGUCCGUUCUUAACCUGAAACUGUUCUUAACCUGAAGCACCACUUUAGCUAAUGGGGCCUCCCGCUGCUCCCGAACCGCCGGAGCACGAUUUCUGUUCUCAUCCUGAAGCAAAGUGCUGAACCUGAAGCACUAUUUCUGGGUUAGCAGAGUGUAUAACCUGAAGCGUAUGUAACCUGAAGAGUAUGUAACCCGACGUACCACUGUACUGUUCUGGAAAACAAAUGAAAGUAAUUCCUUUCUUACUUUAGUGUGACACACACACAUGGCAGAAGCCUACCAAUUAAUAGACAGCCAUGGAAAAAGCUAUUUUCCCCAAGGCGUACAACCAGGGAAAAUGGGCUUUUUAAAAUCAGUUUUUACUAAUCAAUUAAAAAAAACUGCAGCUUUGUUCUGAAAUGAAAUACUGUAGAAGGUAGGGAGUACACUUCAAAAGCCAAGAAAAGAACAAUGAGGGAGGAAUUCUGAUCAGAUACAUGAAUUGAUCAGCUUCAGGUGUUGAGGGCUACAGAAAAUGAAGUGUGGGCUGGAGCUCUAUUUUUUUUAAAAACCAGUGCCAUGUUUAUUGAGUUUAUUAACAAACAACAUACCCAAGGACAAAAGGAAUAUAUUUUUGUAUAUAACCGCAGGCGCAAGAAUACUUAUGGCAAAAUCUUGGAAAACAGAAAAAGUACCACAAAUGACUGAAUGGCAAGUUAAGAUUUGUGAGUUUGCCGAGAUGGCAAAAAUGACUGCAGCAAUCAGGGGCUGCUCCAAUCAAAAAUUCUAUACAGAAUGGGAAUGCAUAGGGGAAUACAUGAAGAAAUAUGGUGUUAAAGCAGAACUCUUAAUAGGCAAUUGUUAAGCGUGUAAGGACAAAAGAAGUCAUUAUAAUUUAACAGUUUUCAUGUUAUUCUAUUUUAUUAAAGCAACUAGAAAAAAAUGUUAGGAUGGGAAGAUCUCACACAGGUGAAGGGAAGCAGUGGGGGGGGAGAGGGUUAGGUUGAAUUUGGGAAAUAAAAUAUGGGACAGCAAAGGAUAUAAUACAUUCUUAUAGAGUAGUAAUAUAUUGUAACCAGAAUAGAAGUUCAAAAGGGGUAGUAAAUGUAUUUUUAAUAUUUUCAUUAUUGCAAUAGUUAUUAUUAUUUCUUAUCGGUAGAAGGCAAUGUUAAUUUAGGCUUCUUCGUUUUGCUGUCUGUAUGAUUUUCUUAAGUCAAUUUUUAAAAAAUGAAGCGUGGGCUGCAAGUUGCCUACCUGUGAUAUAUACAAUCCUCAAAGUGGUACAGUCUAAAAAAGAGCCAUGUCAUUUGCUAUUGCUACAUAUUUGAAUUUGGUCCAUUCUGUAGAUACGGGGGGUGGCUUUAGAAAUUAGUAGAUGCAAAUGUUACAUCCCGACAGUGUUUCGUUUUGUUUCUUCACUUUUUAAAGGACCAUUUAUUUCCUUGGUAGAUUUGAGCAAGUGCUUAGGUCUCAUUCUCUCCCUGAAAGUGCUGACAUAUAUACAGGUCUUAAAUUUGCUUGGAUCGUACAGUUACUGAUUUUACACAAUCCUGAUAGAAUUUGGGGUUUUUCAGACAUUUUGGAAAGGAUGGAAGAGGGUAAGGGGGAGAGAGGGAGUUGAGAAGAUGCAUAGGUGUUGUGUUUGAGGUGUCAUUGUAUCUGUGUGUUCACAAUCCUGUUUCAGAGCCGAAGGCAGCAGCAAAAUUCAGGCGCGGAUAGAACAGCAAUCGGCCCGAGCCUCACAACCUUCUUCUACCCAGUUCAGAGCUCCUACAAAACCAGCAGCGGGUCCCAAGACCUCCCCACUGAAAGACAAUCCUUCCCCAGAGCCUCAGCUGGAUGACAUUAAGAGAGGUAUGGUUUUGUAACUUCACGGUAAAAAUACUUGAGAAUUCUCAAUGGAUUUGCUGUGAAUCCAGUUUUCCUUAUUCUUUGUGUCCCAUUUCAGACAGAUUUGUGGAAAUUGAUUUGUUUCUCACUCUGAAUGAUGUGGCAGCAUCCACAGUAGACCUUACCGCAGCAAUUUCUUUUUAGCUAAAAAUUGGCGGCAGGGGGCCUCGCUCCAAAGUGGCGAGGCCAAAGUUGCAUUUCUUAGUCUACAGAACUUUGAAGUCCUUGCAUAAAGUAGGUGAAGGUGGGUCCAGUGAUUUCUCUUCUGUUUGUCGAGAGAAUAAUUGGGUUACAUGUUCUGCACUGGUUUAAAAAUGAUCAUCUAGCUUUUUAAAAUACGCUUCGUGUAAAGUUAAUUCUGCAAAAAGUUGAAAAGGCACUGAACUUCAGUUGUGUCUGAAAGAAGGUAUAAAAAGUCUUGCAAAACUCAAAAGCUUGGUAGAAUAUUGACAAUAAAACGAUCGCUGUAUGUUUGCCCCUAAAUAGUAGCCUUCCAAAUAAAAUUUUAUGCUGUUGUCAUGAUACAUCACCUAUAUUUCAGAGGUUUAAAACAAAUAAAAAUGCUAAUUUAUUGUACUGGUUUCACCCAAAAUAUCUAGCUGCGCAAUGAAGCUUCUGUUACUGAUUUGCCUAUCUAGGAACAAAUAUUGUCAGUGUGAAACUAGUGGCCAGGCCAUGGUAAAAUCUAAGUCUCAUUAGUAUUUCGGGUCAAUCGGCAUUUCCAAAGACAAGCCCUUCUUAGUAAGCCAGUUUAAGUGCUCAGAGCAAAACAAAAUGCAGUUCACUCUUAUUUGAACUGCAGACAGUGGAAAAAGUAUAUAAUCCUAUUUUAGACUCCCCAUUACAUAAGAAUUCAAAUUCCCUGAUACACUGGAGUAUUUGUCAGAGUAAAACAAUUAGGUAAGUAGUCGACAGAUCUGUUACAAUCCUGUAGAAAUGUGACUUGAAAUGCUUGCCUAGUCCAUCUUUUUGCAGUGAAGGGAAAGAGCUAUCAUGUGUAAUACAUUUCUUUUCUAAUAUAUUUUUUUCUAAUCAGUGGUUGGCAGACUACCAUAUUCUGGUAUAUCCCUACAUUUUUUUAAAAAAAAAUAAUGCAUUUUUUUGUUAACUGCUCUUCAUUAAAAAGAUUCCAAGGUAGUGUGCAAAGGUGUAAAUAAAACCUUUACAUAUAUACAUAAAUACAAAAAUUAAGCUAAUAAAUAAGAUUUGUAUAAACAAUUUACAGCACAAGCAGGUUAAUUAAACAUUAUGACUAAGGCAGUAAUCAAAGUAAUCAAAAACAGUACUUCUGCCUUGUCAGGAUUCAACCUCAAUCUGUUAGCCGCUAUCCAUCAUCCAUCCGCCUCCAGACACUCACACAGGGACUUUACCGCCUUCACUGGUUCUGAUUUGAGAGAGAGGUAGAGCUGGGUAUCAUCCGCGUACUGAUGAACACCCAGCCCAAACCCCCUGAUUAUCUCUCCUAGCAGUUGUGUGUAGAUGUUGAAAAGCAUGGGGGACAGGACAGAACCCUAAGGCACCCCAUAAGUGAGAGCCCAGGGGUCUGAACACUCAUUUCCCCCCGCCCCCACUUUCUGAACACGGCCCAGGAGGAGGGAGCGGAACCACUGUAUAACAGUGCCCCCAUUCCCCACCCCCUCUAGACAGUCCAGAAGGAUGUUAUGGUCGAUGGUAUCAAAAUCCGCUGAGAGAUCCAGCAGAACUAGGAAACAGCUCUCACCUUUGUCCCUAGCCUGCCAGAGAUCAUCGACCAGUGCGACCAAGGCAGUUUCUGUCCCAUGAAUCCCGACUGGAAGGGAUCCAAAUGGUCUUAGCCUCUCUUACCUGAGAGUAAGCCUCAUGCAGUUCACUUGGACUUCUGCGUAUACAUGUCAUCAAAAGUGCAUGGGCAAACAGGAAACAGCUAGCAUUGUGCUGAAAAAAAUGCAAUGUCUGUUUAGGGAGGGCAUUCCAGAGUCAGGGAGUCACCACAGAAAAGGCCCUCUGUUAACUCAUACCAUAUCUCUGCUAAAGUCAGUAUUUGGAGAAAGGCCUUUACAGAAAAUCUUCAGACAGGAGCUGCCUGAUAUGGGAAGAGGCACUCCCUCAGGUAUUUGGUUCUUAAGGGCUUAAAGGUAAGAUAAACAUCUAAAAUUGGGCCUGGAAGCAAAUAGGCAGCAAACGUACUGCAGAAAUAACGGUUGUGACAUGUGCAAGUCCUUUGGUGCAAGGCAGAAUGCUGGCAGCCACAUUCUGCACCAAGAUCUUCACAACAUCUAAGAUGCUUUUAGAUUUUGGGGGGCAGAUCUCAACGUUCUGCUAUGGUUUGGUUUGGCUGUCUGUGUCAACGGCCUGUGGAAUCCUUUAUUGACCUCCUUGCAAACGUCCCUUUGUUCCAGAGUUGAGAGCCGAGGUUGAAAUAAUUGAGCAGAUGAGUAGCAGCAGCGGAAGCAGCUCGUCGGAUUCAGAGAGCUCUUCUGGGAGCGAUGAUGAAACCUCGAGCAGCGAUGGGGAUGACACUGCACACCCUUCCCCUUCCCAGCCGGGUAACAACAAGAACUCUGUUGCCAACGGAACCAGCAGGCCACAAGGAAGCAAUCAGCUCAUGAGCACGCUCAGUAAGUUUCUUGUCUUCUGCAUGUAUUUAUUACAGCACAUGCACAUUCUAUGGGUCUAAAUACACAUUAGACACACAGGUGUGUAACUGAGACGCAGUGCUGGCUUUUAAAAGCGGCUUUGAGAAGGGGAUGUGGUACCCAGCCCUUUCCUUUCUCAUAAUUUCCUUCUUUUUAAAUUGCUCUCUCCUGAAACUAGCAUUUCUGUUUCUUAAAUAAAACAUGGUGUCUGGUUCAGUUACAUGUAUGGGUCUGUAUUUAGCCCACAAUUGAAUGCAGAUCAUUCAGCAAGUGGUCAAGCAUGAUCUACACAGAUGGAGGUCUUUGGGUUUUAACAAAAUCAGGUUUGUUUCUGUUUCAUUCAUUCACAUUGUAAAGAGGCUUAGUUCAGAAGUCCCCUGGCAACCCAUUGACUUUACUGAGCUGCAUAUUAGGGGUGUGAGUGGAUAGAAAUAACCAGACUACUUCCUGCCUCUUUUAUGGUGCCCAAGUGCUGCUUUAAAAAUAUAAAUAAGGAAAUGCUUAAUAAUAACUAAGAAUUAACAUAGAUUUCAUGGCCCCUCUCUGCAAAUAGUGAUAUGAUUUUGCAACUUGGCCUCAUAUGAACACAAAGCAGACUCGGUCUAAAUUCUUCCAGCUGUGAAUGAAACUGGUGCCAGCAAUUGUUGCAGAAAAUGGGUGCUGCUGUUCCAGUCUGUCAUCUGCUGGGCCAAGUCUGCGAUGAGCUUAUUCUUUUUUAAAUGUUAAACGCUACAUGAAGCCAAUAGGCAAGUAGAUUGAAAGCUACCAGUUUGCAGGGCAGAUGAGUCACUGCCACCUCCAGACUCCUAGUGAAUCUUAAGCCAGUGAAUGCUGAGCAGAGGUCAAUGACAGUGGCAGUCCUGUACAUAAAUUUCAUUAAAAUAAAUAUAUUUAUGAUCUAGAAUUAGUGUGUUUCAGCUAAACGCCCUAUUUUUCUCCCCAGUGUAUUUGAGGUCAAAUACAGCAAUUUUUCAGUGUAGAUCACAGCCAACAAGUAAUUCUAACUUCCUCUUUUUAAAUACAGGGAAUGACUUGCAGUUGAGUGAAUCUGGAAGUGACAGUGAUGAUUAGAAUGAGGUUUCUCCAUUGGUUUUCUGUUGCAAAUAUGUGAAGAUGUAAAUCUCCUGAGGAGUAAGAAUGAUGCAAGUAUAGAAGCCAGCUCACAGGACACAGCCGUAAGUGGCAUUUGAAGGUGAAGGUGAAGGGGGCAACAAAUAUUCCUGAAGCAAGGCUUAUACUCUGUUUAUUUAUGUAUAAAUUGUGUAUAUCUUUUUGAAAGUUUUUUAAUGGAUGUGAAUAUACCAGUCUUAAUUCAGUGACCUGUGCUCUUAACGUGCUGACGCUCUGUAAUUUUGGUGUACUCCAGUAUGAUUCUUGCUGUUAGGAAAGGCUGUGUACCCCAAUAAGAUAAAGCAAAAGCUGUCUCUGGGGUAGAUGUAACUCAGGUCUACCAUUUUAAAAACAAAAUAGGAAAUGGACUACAAAUUUCAAGCUUUUGUAUGCAAAGAUGUCAAAUAGCAUUAAGGCAGGCGUUAAUUGUCAGUAGUCUUGUCACCUGUGAUGAAUACAAAUUUCACCCAGGCAAGGGAAUUUAAAGAACUGGGAUGUUUUUUCUUUGUUUUUUUCCUUUUGAGGUUCUCAGUAUGACACAAGUGAUUGAUAGAGGUAUGUGUAGGCAGAGAGUUUAGUAGAACUAUUUGUAAGGCUUUCUUACUACUGCUGAGAGAUCGUAUGCCGAUUAAGUUUUUGCGACUGUACAAAUAGGAAACCUAACUAUGCCUUUUAUUACUUCCAAGUAAGAAAUUCCACAUACCUGUGCCCCAUCACACAUAGGUCUGCUGGCCAAUAUGCACUGUAGGAACCCACACCACUCAGCGCUAAGAAUGGAGGAAUGUUUUUUAAUGGUUUUAUACACUGAUUUGGGCAGUUCCAACCCCAUUCAGUUUUGCUCGUCUUGGACUGCCUCUUGCCUUGAGCACCCACUUAUGCCCAAGCCAAGCCCAACUAAUAAUAUUCCAAAAAAGGUAUAUCAAGGUAUGAUGUACAUAAAAGCAUCAAUCUCUAUGCUUCAGUAUACUUAUAAUUUUACAAGUAAAUUAAUGCAUAUGUAUUUCAUAUGGUUAUAUGCAUCAUUUUAUGUACUUGUUUAUGUGCUGCUUGCCUUAGGAAAUCUGGAGUGAAUAUACAUAUAAUAAUGCAUAUAAUGGGCAAGAAUUGUUGGCAUUUUUAGCAGGACCGGCGCAGGGGUGGGGGAACCUAACCCCAUCAAGAUUAAAGAGCAAGAUGAAAAUUAGAAGGGGGAAAAAAUCUGUGCACAUAAACUUGAUACUGAGAUUUUAAGGAAAUCCCAUUCCUAUCCAGUGCUUUAUGUUAUGUGAACAUACUGUAUAGCGAAACAGAUCUGUACACAUGUGGAGGACUUUAAUUCCCACUUAUAGAAGUGAUACUCAUGUUGGAAACUUGCCUCAUUUGGUGAAAUUCCUGGAUUGUUGAGACCCAUAACUUUUCAAAAUGAGAAGCAUAGAAUCCCCCAGAACAAGAACUACCCAUAGCAUACCAGAUUUAGCCUCUCCAAAGUUCCACCUGCCAGUCUGUGUGGUUUAACAGAGAACAGUAGACACAGUCCUUUGUGUAUUUGUUCCUAAUAAGUGGCACGCAUUGUGCAAAAGAGUUGCCUUGCAAAUGGUACAACGGUUGCAGUGAAAAGCAGAAAACUAACUGUAUAAAGCUUUUCAGAUUUAUCCAGACUUAGCUUUGGCAUUAUCAGAAACCAGGUGCCCAGUAGUCAAUGGCUGUCUUCAUUGUUGGAGGUAGCAUACUUCUGAAUCCCUGUUGCUAGAAAUCACAGGUGGGGAGGGUGCUGUUGUGCUGAAGUUGUGCCUAGAGGCUGUUGCCAUCUACACGAGAGGAGCACUUGGGCCUUGGGUUCCUUGUGAAUUGCUGCUUGCCAUAUCUGGCAACCCUUGUUCUAGCUUGGCGAUACUACAACUCAUUGAACUCAGUGGGGCUUACUCCUCAGUAGAACUAUAUCAUGUAGGAUUGCACUGUAAGUUAUUUAUACUUUUGAGGCUGCGUACCUGGGAGUAAGCUCUGCUCAAAGAAUGGGUCUUCCUUUUGAGUUAACGUGCAUAGGAUUGCUGUUCGAAUUUAAUAAAUAUGUCAAGUCGUACCAUUUUAGAUGCUAACUACCUUGUAAAUGACACAUUUUAUCUUGUUAAAGCAGUAAAGUAAGUUUGGGUUUGAUAGGAAAGUAUCGUGUAUGUUUCAUUCCACAUUCCUUCCAUUUCUGCUUUUGCCCAGGGCCUCAAAAUUUCCAGAAAUCUUGCAUCUCCAAUUCAGCCACCUCCGUCUUUGAAUAGGCGAGUCCCUAAACAUUCUCUCAAAGCAAGGCAGGAAGCCCCUGUUGUGAGAAUCAGUAGGCUGAUCAUAUUGCUAAUAGGUAGGAGAGAUUUUGAGAGACAAGGAGAGCAGAACUGUCUAGGGUUGUCCUUCUUGCCUCGCGUGGAAAGACGCUAUAACCUUUGUUGCAGCUACAACCAGGGGUGGGAUUGGGUUGCAAGUCGUUCUUUUGAAUGUCUUUCUUGUAAUCUUUCAAAUGUGAUGUGAAUUGGAGGAAGAUGGAUGCAUCGCUUUAAAAUGUUACGCAACUAUAAAACAAAUUAAAUCCACUAGGAGGAAGAUGAGCACUGUUCGUAUGUUUGGCUUCUUUAUGCAUUUAAGAGAAGAGGGCGGGGGGGGAAAGCAUUCAUAUGUUUUUGGAAUGUUAUGUGCAAGUUCUGAAGGGCAUAUAGACAGGACUGUGCAUGUACCGCAAUUUCUGCAGAAAUUAGAAACUUAGGUACUAGAAGUGGAGUAUGCUAUGUGGCAGAACCUUGCUUUGCUAGUUUCUAGUUUGUGGCCUGCAAAAAGAUAGACUUGAAAAUAUGCAGCCACUGCUUGAGAUGAAACCUUGGGUGUACUUCAGAGUGUCUUGCAAAGCUUUUGUCCCUCUUUGUGACUAACAGAAGAAAAAUAAAAAAGCAAACAAAUUGAGGCUGCAGUCCUGUGUGCACUCACAUGGAAGUAAGAAAGAUUCAACUUAGCUGGGCUCGCUGCCGAGUUGGCUUAGAUAUGGAUUCUGCUGCAAGGCGUAGGAUUUGGUAAUGGCAUCUAGUAAUCUGAAGGAAUUGAAACGACUGUACUCCCAAAGCUGGAAAGACUGAGGGACUUCCAGAGAUUUUAUGGUCCACACCUUGUGCACAAAGGCUGUUGUAUUGAAUAGAUUCCUAAUGCUUCUCAUAAGCCAUGUGUUGGCCAACUGAGUUAGCAGGCAGGACUAUUUAGAGAAUUGAGAACUAUUUCAAAUGUUACUGGAAUAAAAUAGGAAUGAGACUGAACUCAGAUGUAUGAUCUACUAUUUUUGAUGCAGUUUGUGCCUCAGAUUUAUCUGCAUCAUUCGUUUAGACAUAGUAUGUUUACAUUUAUAUGUAAAUAAUAUAUAUAUAUCUGCCUUGUAAAAUUUUGUAGGGUUUUUUUCUUUUUAAAGUGUUAUUUAAAUAAAAAAUGAACUUCAGCCAUGCAA